UUUGGCCUACAUAUUAAAGUCCCCAAGAAACUUUAAGCCUCUAUUUAUUCUCAUCAAACAUUUCUUUCAUUUCUUCACAACUCCUCGGUUGAAGAUCACAAUUUUCUCGAAAAAAUGGCUAAUCUUGGAGUUUUCUUAGUGGGGUUUUUCUCAAUGGUGUCAUGUGCAUAUGGCUACUAUGGUGGUUGGAUUAAUGCUCAUGCCACCUUCUACGGAGGCGGUGAUGCUUCUGGAACAAUGGGUGGCGCAUGUGGGUAUGGAAACCUGUACAGUCAGGGUUAUGGAACUAAUACAGCAGCAUUGAGUACAGCCCUUUUCAACAAUGGAUUGAGUUGUGGUGCAUGUUUUCAAUUAGUGUGUGUGAAUGAUCCACAAUGGUGUCUUCGUGGCAGCAUUAUUGUUACAGCCACAAACUUCUGCCCUCCAGGGGGUUGGUGCGAUCCCCCGAACCACCACUUUGAUCUCUCUCAGCCCGUUUUCUUGCGUAUUGCGCAAUACAGAGCCGGGAUUGUUCCCGUGGCUUACAGAAGGGUACCCUGCAGGAGAAGGGGUGGCAUUAGGUUCACCAUCAAUGGUCAUUCAUAUUUCAAUCUUGUUCUAAUUACCAAUGUUGGGGGUGCAGGUGAUGUGCAUGCAGUGUUCAUCAAGGGCUCAAGAACUGCCUGGCAACCAAUGUCAAGAAACUGGGGCCAAAAUUGGCAGAGUAAUUCUUACCUCAAUGGACAAAGUUUAUCAUUUAAGGUUACCACUAGCAAUGGUCGAGCCGUCGUCUCUUACAACGUUGCCCCUCCAAACUGGUCUUUCGGCCAAACUUUUUCAGGUCGUCAGUUCCGCUAAUUUUUCGUCGGCUAAACAAUUAUAGCUUAUAAAUUCAAGUCGUUGAAAAGAGAGUGUACGUCAUUAUUUUAAUAGACCUUCUCUACUAAUUUAAUAGUUUGGUUCAACUUUCCAUGUGAGGCAUUUAUGUCUAAAGAGAGUCACACUCAUGAGCUAUUACAACCUUGUAAGGCUCUAAUUAGUAAUUACUACACUACAAUAAAAUAUGGAAAAUUUACAUAUUGUACUAGGAGAUGAUACUAUUGUUUGUACAAGGUCAAUUGAAAUUUGGUUUGAGCGCAUUUUGAAUAAGGUAAAGAAAAUCACUGUAUGAGAUAAUGUAAUGUAUAAUAUAGAAAUUAUCUUUUAAUUCUUGUUUCUUGUGUACUCAAGAUGUACUAUACCCUUCGUAUUGCAAUAAGGAUUUUGAGAAGAAAUUAUUA